GAACAAGUCAAUGACUUGUUUUGGUACACACCUAGAAACUUAUAUCAUCUUCAUCUUUAUCUUCUAAUUGUGAUUUUUUUUUUCAUAGCUAUUCUGGAUGCAGAAAAGAAAAAAUGGUUAAUAUUAUUGGAGCCGACCGAUUUGAAUCUGAUAAGGAAUUCGAAAGUGGAUACUUCACUUUGAAGCUGCUAAAUGCUGCUACUCAAAAUUUCAGUCACGAAAAAACUUGGAUCGGCACGGGAGGCUGGGGAAGCGUUUACAAGGGUAUUCUUCCUAAUGGAUUGAACAUCGCUGUUAUACGAAUAUAUAUAAGUCGCGAAGAUACAAUAUUUGAGAUUCAAAAUGCAGUGAUGUCUACCUUAAGACACCCAAAUGUUGCUAGACUGUUUGGACACUGCACGCUGAAAAAGGAAGUCCUACUAGUGUACGAGUACAUGGAAAAUGGUUCUCUUGAUAGAGCUUUGUUUGGCAAUGAGAAUUUGAAGAAAAAGCUCAAUUGGCACAUCAGAGUUCAAAUUUGUCUGGGAAUCGCAAGUGGCCUUGCUUUCUUGCAUCACAAAGACCAAUCAAAAUCCGUAAUUAUUCAUAGAGAUAUUACACCUGCAAAUAUUUUUCUUGACAAAUUUCUUAAUCCCAAGAUAUCUGGUUUUGAAUUUGCUAUGGUAUUUGGAGAAGAAGACACGCACUGCUCGACCAGAGUGAUCGGAACAUUUGGUUAUCUGGACCCUCAGUAUUAUAUUAAAGGUACGGUAAGUGAGAAAUCAGAUGUAUACAGCUUUGGAGUAGUCAUACUUGUACUAAUGAGCGGACAAAAGCCUUUCGAUUUUCCUACUGCACAUCAUAAAAGAAACCUUCUGGGAACUGCACAUGACUUACAUCGGAAUGGGGAUCUUUUAUCACUGAUUGAUGAAGAGUUGAAGGACAGCAUACCAAUGAAAGAGGCAACAAUGUUGUUGCAUUUGGCAAUCUUAUGCACUAAUCAUUCUUGGGCUUUGAGGCCUACAAUGUCUGAAGUAGUAAACAUUAUUGAAGGAAAGACUAUAAUGAAGACACCACCAGUCGAUCCACAAUAUUUUGAAGAAAACAAUUCUGAGGUCAUGUCUGAUGCCGAAAGAAGCAGCAUUUCCGCAGUGACAGACCUGGCUGACCAAAGGUUUGUUUCUGACCAUGACGAUGUAUACGAUGAAAAUGGUGGGAAGGCAACUGAGUCUUCUCAGGCAAAGGUAAAGGAAGGAUUUGCUGAUUCUGAAUUUAGUAACGAUUUUGUUUCUGAUCUAAAGGCCUUUUUAAGUGAGGAAGGCGAAGUGAAUACUAACCCUGAGUGUGUUGAACCUUCUGAAGACGCACAUAAGCAGUUUAAAACUGAAAAUUUCAAUUUAAGAUAUCUUGAGGUAGCUACUAAAAAUUUCAGUCCUGCAAACAAGAUUGGUCAAGGAUCUUCUGGUUCAGUUUACAAGGGUGUGCUUCCCAAUGGAAUGAUGAUUGCAGUGAAACAACUUCAUAAUAUACCAGACCAAGGAAAGCUAAAUAUUGCAAAUGAAGUAAAUGUUGUUUCUACCCUGAGACACCCAAAUGUUGUUAGAUUAUUUGGUCACUGUUCAGAGAACAACCAGCAAUCAUUAGUAUACCAGUACAUGGAAAAUGGAUGUCUGAAUAAAGCUUUAUUUGGUCCAAUAAAUUUGAAGAAUAAACUUACCUGGCCAGCAAGAGUUAGAAUUUGCAUAGGAAUAGCAAAUGGUCUUGCAUUCCUACACGAUGAUGACCCAAAAAUGAAGAUUGUCCACCGAGAUAUCAAACUUUCAAAUAUCUUGCUUGAUAAAGAUCUUAAUCCAAAGAUAUCCGAUUUUGGACUGGUUACUCAUUACCAUAGAGAAAUCACGCAUAUCAACAGCAAACUUGCAGGAACAGUUGGAUACAUGGCCCCUGAGUAUGUUAUACGAGGAACCGUCACUGAAAAAAUAGAUGUGUACAGCUUCGGAGUAGUAGCCCUUGAGCUUAUGACUGGAAAGAACAGAGUUCAGUGGACAACAAAGCAAGAAAAUGUAUCCCUUCUAGAUUUGGCCUAUAAUUCACUACAAAAAGGACAUCUUCUAGAGCUGAUUGAUCAAGACUUGGAGAUGGACAUACCAGCGAAAGAUGCGGAAAUGUUUUUGAAUUUGGCACUGUUAUGUACACAUCAUGACCCUAAAUUAAGGCCCUCCAUGUCAGAAGUAGUGAGCAUUCUAGAAGGAAGGACUACGAUAAAUAGUACUCCACACAAUUUAAACUACACAAGAAGAUUCAACCAUACAACAGAGUCCAUUGCUGACAUAUCAAUCUGCAACUUAAGCAGUACUUCGAUCCACAACGAGAAUAGUAAUUCCACAAUUGGUGCAUUAGACACUAAUGAUGGGGUGGCUAUUCUGCACUCCUCCCAUGUGCUAUCAGUGGAGGAGCAAUACAGGAAUGACUUGGAAUUUCACCAGGAAUUGGCUUCAGAUGGCAGUGUUUUGCUUAAUAAAGAAACGCAGAUUGAUGUGUCACUGAGCCAGGCGAUUGUUGCGGCAUAUGAGCCCUCUAGAUUAAACGAUGCACCAACUUUUCCAGUUGAUGACCAGGCACCCAUAAGGGAGCACAAAACUAAGCUUGAAUUUGUUGAACCCUCUUUUGAGGAAGGAAAGCUUUAUAUUGAGUGUUCAGAUGAAGAGUUCCAAGCUGGAUGUGACGAAUGGAAGAAUUCUCUAGUAGGCUUUUUUAUGGGCGAAGAAGACUACUCCGACACAGACAUAAAGAUGGCUGAAGAACUAUGGGAGGUGAAAGGAAAAUUUUCCACGUUCUCUAUUGGUAACGGAUUUUAUUUAUUUAAAUUUGGUUGUGCUGAAGAUAAGAUCAGAGUCCUAGAAUCAGCUGAUCUCUGGCAAAUCCAGCAGAGACAACUUAUUCUGAGAGAAUGGGACUAUAAGUUGAAUUUUGACAGAACUGAAAUGACAUCUCUUCCCAUCUGGGUGAAGAUUUAUAACUUACCGCUCUUCCUGUGGAAUACUUGUUUUCUCAGCAAGAUUGGGAGUGGGCUAGGAAUUCCCUUGUAUGCUGAUCGUAAAACAAACAAUCUAGAGAGAUUAGCUUAUGCCAUGCUUUGCAUAGAGGUUAAGCCUCAUACAUCACUGCCGGAGAAUUUGAUUAUCGUAGUGAGAGGAAUGGAAUAUCAGUUGGAUAUAGAGUAUGACUUGAGAACCUUAAAGUUUGCCAAUUGCAGCACUUUUCGGAAUAUAGACUCGGAGAAGAAAGCCAUGAUGCAAAUCUAGGUUCAAAUACAUAGCCUGUAUCUUGUAUUUGAAAUUGGAAGGUUCUUAUACCAUGCUUCGUUACUUCUACUAGUAGGGGAUGGAUAAUUCAAUAAGUUGUUGUCAAAUAUUUUCUAAAUUCAAACAGUUCCAUCAUUUCCGCCAUCACUACCACCACUAUCCCCAUCGCCGCCAUCACUAUCUCCAUUUCCACAAUCCACAUCAUACGUAUUUUACCAUCUCUGCCGCCACCACUCCAAUGUUAUCCAAAUUCCACCACCGCAACAACAAAUCAUAG